UUUCAAAAAGUCUCAAGGACAAGAAGAGUCCCGUUACCAGUUAAAGAGGCCAGCUCAGAGGGUUCAGACUGAGAAGCCAAGUCAGUUUCCAACAUGGUGCACUACGACACGGUCCUCAAACAUGUUGGCGAAUUCGGGACGUAUCAGAAGAGGAUGUGUUUCUUCGUCUUCCUGCCGAGUUUGUCGGUGGGGAUGCAUAUGAUGGCCAUGGUGUUCCUGGCGGCCACGCCGGCGCACCGCUGCAGGGCGCCCGAGGGAGACGUCCUGGCGGCCCGGUACAACUGGACCGAGCCCGAGAAGCUGAACAUGACCAUCCCGUGGACCAAGGACGACGACGGGAGAGCAGUUCUACACAGCUGUAAAAGGUAUGAUCUGACGACCGUCGAACUGAAUAACAGCUACAGCAACCUGACCAAUCACCGGGCUAGCUGGAACGUGACGUCAUGCAAUGCAGGAUGGACGUUUGACCGGAGCCAAUACAAAACCAGCAUUACCAUGGACAACAAUAUCGUCUGUGCCGACAAGUGGCUGGCGAAUUUGGCCCAGUCCAUUUUCAUGGUGGGGGUGCUCAUAGGGUCAAUCACAUUCGGAGACCUUUCGGACAGGUUCGGCCGGAAAGUGGUCCUGUUCGCCGGCAUCGCCCUGAACCUGGUGUCCGGGAUCGCCACCAUGUUCGCCCCGAACUUCACGGCCUUCGUCAUCCUCAGACUGUUCGUCGGAGUGUCGUCCCUGGGCAUCUACAUCGUCAGUUUCGUGUUAGCGUGUGAGAUUGUAGGCCCGUCCAGACGAACACUUGUCGGCACCGUGGACUACGUGUUCUUCGUGCUGGGCUAUAUGCUGGAGGCUGGGCUGGCGUACCUCAUCCGGACAUGGACUCACCUACAACUGGCCAUCUCUCUACUCAGCGUCCUCUGGAUACCACUGUGGUGCGUCGUGACCGAGUCUCCAAGAUGGCUGCUGGCGAAAGGUCGAACCGAGGAGGCGCGCGCCAUUGUGGAGAAAAUGGCGGAAAUGAACGGCGUGGGAUUUCCGUGUGCAUUGUGGGAGAAAAUGGCGGAAUCCAAGGAUAAACUGGUGGAGACGCCUGACAAUGGCCGGUUCUACUCCGUCCGGGACCUGGUACGGACUCCAAACUUGGCCCGGAAAUCUGCCGUUAUCUUCUACAACUGGGGUGUUAUCACCAUGGUGUACUACGGGCUAUCCCUCAACACCUCGGCGCUAGGCGGCGACGACUACAUCAACUUCUUCCUGUCCGGUCUGGUCGAGUUUCCUGCCCUCCUCAUGUCAAUCGUCGUGAUAGAGAAGUGGGGCAGACGAUCUCCGCACAUCAUGUUCAUGGUGGGAGGAGGCGUGGCCUGCAUUUGUACGCUUUUCGUGCCAACAGAUCUGUUUCCAUUGACCAUGACCCUGGCAAUGAUCGGCAAGUUUGGGAUCUCUGCCAGCUUCAACAUCAUCUACAUCUGGACGGGGGAAAUCUACCCCACAGUUAUCAGGAAUCUCGGCUUGGGGGUGUCGUCUAUGUGGGCCCGAGUCGGUGGCAUCAUUUCCCCGUUUGUAGCCUUGCUGGCAGACUCGUGGAGGCCUCUCCCCUACAUCGUGUUCGGAGGGCUGUCCGUGCUGGGCGGGGUUCUGUGCCUGCUGCUGCCGGAAACCCUGGGAACCCCCCUCCCACAGACCCUGCAGGAGGCAGAGGACUUUGGAAAGGGAGGUUCAUUACUGUGCCCGGUGGGAGGACGUAAGAAGCCCGAGGACAGUAAAGAGCUCGCUGCAGAGGCAGACCUCCAUGACACAUCGCCGACAGUGGACGAUCCAAGUGACGUGACCAACCCAAGCUUUUAUCUCAGCUUUGAGACGGGACUUUAACAUUUUAUUAUUUGAAGUAAUGAAUUUUAGUGUUCAAUAUCGCUGUAACAUUAUGUGUCAUCUCAGUACAUAGUUUACAAGAGACUAAGAAUCAACACUCCUAAUGUGUGGC